AGAAGGUGCAGUCUGAACGGAGCAGAGAGGGAUGGAAAAGGCAGCGAGGAGCGGAGGGAGGAUGUGGCGCUGCGAGCAGCCACUGGUGAACGAGGUCCACACCAAACUGAGCGUAAAUGAAGUUCUAACAGAUUUUGACGUCUCAAACUGCAUGCCCGAGUUCACCAGAAGAUGGCAGAGGCGAGCAGUGAGGUGAUUCAUGACACAGAUUUGGAGGAAUGGAAGGAGAUUGGUUGUGGUGGAUUUGGAAGAAUCUAUAGGGUCUGGCACAAGACAUGGGGUCUUGAUGUGGCUAUUAAACUACCUCAUCAGGAAUCAAGUCUAACGGAGGAUGAACCACUGCUCAAGGAGGCUAAUCACAUGAAAAGUUUGGUCUUUGAUUUUGUGCUCAGAAUUUAUGGAAUGUAUGAUGGAACUCCGUUUAAAGGAAUGUCCAGGAGGAGAGGUAUAGUCAUGGAGCACAUGAAAAGAGGAUCCAUUGAGACCCUGCAGGAAAACUUAGCCGGCCCUCCUCCACCGCCUCUGGCCUUCCGUCUGGCCCAUCAAGUGGCUCAAGGAAUAAACUUCCUCCAUCUGAAGAAAAUUCUGCACUGUGACCUAAAGCCAAGCAAUGUGCUGCUGACAGAUGAACUCCACGCCAAGCUGGCAGACUUUGGUCUGUCCAGGAUCACCACCAGUGUUUCGAACAUCGGUGAUCAAACAAGGGAUGUUGGAGGUACAUUUAAAUACAUGCCACCAGAGGCGUUGGGAGAUUUAUCAUAUAUACCCUGUCGUUCUUUUGACAUAUACAGUUAUGGUAUCCUACUUUGGUCUAUCUUUACUGGUCAAGAACCAUACCAAGGAAAAGGGAAAGACCUAGUUGCAGUGAGGAUUCCAAAGGGUGACAGACCGGAUGUCAAACGUUACCAUAAAAAUGUAGAAAGGAUGGAAGAGCUGGUUAAACUCAUGAAACAGUGUUGGGAUGGGGAUCCUGUGAAGAGACCUAAGUCUGAAGAAAUCAUGGCACGCACAAAGGAUGUGUUCUCAAAGCACCAGAGUAAUGUUAAUGUUGCCGUCUAUGAAGUCUUAUUAAAGCUGGAUUCACCUGCUGGUGUUCAUUUACCUCAAACAAGUGGUGCAGACAGCGUUACCAAACCAGAAAAUGCAUGCGCAAAGGAUGUUGUGGCUGUGGAUCAUUACAAAUUUAGCAUACAGGAUCUCAGGGUGAGAGAUAAGGAACAUUCAGCACAAGAUCCAUCACAGGCAAAACACAGAGACACUCAAGUCCAACAACCAGAUAAAGUCACCCCUAAGAUGACUGAGAAUGUUUGCACAAAAAAAGAAAAAGCAACAUUUAUCGACGACAUGAGACCAGAAUUAAUACAGCGAACCUCCCAAGUAAUGGCCGUAGUUGAAGAGCUCAGAAAGCGAGUCCACUCAGAGGCCUACUCAAUGAUCAGAGCGGAAAAAACCUCACAGGACAAAAUGAGAGAACUGUAUGGGACGACGCUACGUUCAGGAGAAUCAGCCAAAGCUGCCUUCUAUGAUGCCCUUAAAAAACACGAGCCAGAUCUGAUGAAGGAGCUGGGUGCCUUAUUCUAACGCAGCUGAGGCCCUCCUGCAUGUAAUAACUGAACAUGUCAACAACAUUUCUUAUAUUUACCUUUCCCCCCCACAUUUUUAUAUGAAAGGAAAUUUAUUUUUUAUUUGUUUGAAUUGUAUAUAUUUAAAGGUGCAGUAUUUGUUUAAAAAAGGUAACUUUUCUCAGCUGCUGAAACUGACUUUAGUGGCACAGAAAGUUGGUUCCUGAAGAGCACAUUCCUGGAAACAGCUAAGAAAUUGUGAAGGACCAUCAAACCUCCAGGACCCUGGUGGAAAACUCAAGCUUAAAGUGAAAAGUGUAUCGGCUCUUGUGGAAAAAUGUGACGGUUGUAGGAAGCAGUAUUCGGUAUUCAUACGGUGCUAUGUGAAUAUUUUGCAGCUUGUUUUAUUGUACUUUUAUAGAAACUAUUUUUCAAAGACAAACUUAAUCCAAAUUUUUUUAUAUUGAAAUAUUAAAAGUCUGCCUUCACGUGCAC